CUAGCAUUAUAAAGUAAGGUACCGGGGCGUCUACGUGUGUAUAUGUACAAAUCCAUCUUUCACAAGUUAUCACACACUAUCUUCAUGGCUCCCAGUGUAGGGAGGAGUGAAAGUCAAAGGUUGGCUGAAACGGAGUGCCUCUGGUGGAGCCGACUUGAGGGAGAGUCGCAGGCUUUGCCGGGGCAGAAUAGGCCGCACUACUGCGAUAAUACAACGCCUUGAAUAUUGACUGGCUAGCCCCUAUCAGUGUCUGAAUUUAGCCCAUGGUGUAAGCAGUGCCCUUGGUAGCAAGCUGGUUGCGUUUUCUGUGCAACCAGCAAGGAGUACAUAAAGACCCGUGUCAUUUGGAUAUUAGCUAGCUAGCUUGCUUAUCUACUGUUGGGUUCUGUCGACGUGUUUGUAUCACCCGUGCGUAGGAUGUCCCGGACCCCGGAACUGAAGGACGACUCCAUGGAGUGCCCCCUGUGCAUGGAGCCGCUGGAGAUGGACGAUGUGCACUUCUUCCCCUGCACCUGCGGCUACCAGAUCUGCCGCUUCUGCUGGCACCGCAUCCGCACCGACGAGAACGGGCUCUGCCCCGCCUGCAGGAAGCCCUACCCAGAAGACCCGGCGGUGUACGAGCCCCUGUCCCCAGAGGAGCUGCAGCGGAUAAAGAACGAGAAGAAGCAGAAACAGAAUGAGCGCAAGCAGAAGCUGACGGAGAACAGGAAGCACCUGGGCAGCGUGCGCGUGGUGCAGAGGAACCUGGUGUUCGUGGUGGGGCUGUCCCAGAGACUGGCAGACCCAGAGGUGCUGAAGAGGCUGGAAUAUUUCGGGAAGUUUGGGAAAAUCCACAAAGUGGUCAUCAACAACAGCACCUCCUACGCCGGCUCACAGGGUCCCAGUGCCAGUGCCUACGUCACGUACAUUCGGUCAGAAGACGCGCUCCGGGCGAUACAGUGCGUCAACAACGUCGUAGUGGAUGGGAGGACACUAAAGGCCUCUUUAGGCACGACAAAGUACUGCAGCUACUUCCUGAAGAGCAUGCAGUGUCCCAAACCCGACUGCAUGUACCUGCACGAGCUGGGCGAUGAAGCGGCCAGCUUCACCAAGGAGGAGAUGCAGGCGGGUAAGCACCAGGAGUAUGAGCAGAAGCUGCUGCAGGAGCUCUACAAGGUGAACCCCAGCUUAUUACAGCCGUCUGCUGCCGGGGAGAAGACCAAGAGCAAAUCAGGCUCUUCACAAAGGGCCGCCAGCAACGGCAAGGAGGCGUGGCCAUCGCUCCAGGGCUCGGGGAAAACGGCCAAUGGGGUCGGGCCGGAGCUCCGCAGAACCCCCCCGCCAGACGGGCUCUCCGACCCAGAGCACCUGAGCCCAGACGGGCCUGACGAGCUGGGGCCCGGGGCCCCCCCCUCCCCCUUCCCCUACGUCUGUCACCCCGCCAGCCCCCGGGACAAACCCCCGGAAUGCAUCAGUGUAGGAAACGGUGACACUUUACAACAGAUGGUCAGUAGGGACUCGCCGUCGCCCCCUCCUGGGCUGGUGGUGUCAGACCUCACGGCGAGGUCUCCGUUCGAGGGGGCGGAGUCUCAGUCGCUCUUCUCCGAUAACAGCAACUUCCGCCAUCCCAACCCCUGCGGCCACGCCCCCUUCCACAGCCCCGCCCCGCACAGCUCCCAUUGGCCCACGGCGCCCGAGCCACACAGCCUCUUCACCUCAGACACCAUGCCGGUCUCCUCGUCCACAGACUGGCAGGCGGCGUUUGGGUUUGGCUCGUCUAAGCAGCAGGAGGAUGAUCUGGGGUUCGACCCGUUCGACAUCACGCGCAAGGCGCUGGCGGACCUGAUCGAGAAGGAGCUUUCUGUGCAGGACCCCAGCCCACUAACUCUCCUGCCCGCGGGCAUGCACAGCCCGCGGAAGAGCCUGGCCCCGCCCCACGGCCCGCCCCACGGCCCUCCCCACGCCGCCCCCCGGCUGCCCCAGCACCGCGCCGUCUUCAGCUCCUACAGCUUCCCGGGCCAGCGGCCCCGGCUGCCCUGGGUGGGCCUACCCGGCCCCAACAGCCUGCACCUCCACCAUGCUAACGCUAACGCCGCACACAGCCACGGACUGGACCUGGGCCCCAGCACAGAAAGUAGCUCUUCAGCAGAGAGUAUAAAUGUGAAAGAAUGGCAAGAUGGUCUCAGAGCGCUCUUACCCAACAUCAACAUCAACUUCGGCGGGCUACCCAACUCUUCAUCCUCCUCCUCCUCCUCCUCGUCAUCCAGCGUGAACCACACAGGGGGGCCGGGCCCCGGGGGGGUCCUGGGGGGGGGCCACAGCCUCAGCUGGGACGGCACACACAGCUGGAUGGACCCCGCCAUCAUCACAGGUAUCCCAGCAUCCUCGGGGGGAGUGGAGCUGCAGGAGGAGCCAGCCCCUCAUUGGCUGCAGUCUCUGCAGACACUCACAGAGCUGGACCCCCCCCACAGAGGCUGGAGCCCGUACCCCGCCCCCGCGCCCUUCCACUCGCCCCCCCCGGGGUUCCAGACCUUCAGAGCCCCCGGCCCCCCCCCCACAGACCUGCUGCAGAGCGCUGCCCUAGGCCACCACUAGGGGCAGCGCAGACACACACACCAAUCAGAUCACACCUACAGUCUAUUAACACAGUAAUAACGACACAUAUAUUCUCUUUCUUCUCAUUUCUGAUUUUUCUCUCCCCCCCCCCCUCGGUUCUCCAUCUGCACCCGUUGGUCCGGUGGGAAUGCUGCUGUCCUGGGUGCCUUUCCGUGGAAGUGUGUGGGAUUGGCUGGAUUAGGCUGUGAGGGUGUUUGGAUGGGAACAGGCCUGUGGGGUAUUUAAAUGCUGUGAAGGCCACAGACAGGCCUGUGGGGUAUUUAAACGCUGUGAAGGCCACAGACAGGCCUGUGGGGUAUUUAAACUCUGUGAAGGCCACAGACAGGCCUGUGGGGUAUUUAAACGCUGUGAAGGCCGGGGGUGGGAAACGUGGAGCGAAUAUCAGCGCAGUACUCACGGAGAAACACAGGACUGCUACCUGUGGGAUCUCUGAUGAGGCUGGGAACACGCCGAUAGUGUUAGCAUGUUAGCAUUUGAGAGGAAGGCGUUAGCAUUAGCACGUUUGCGUGGGAGUGUGUCUGUGUGAGCGCGCGUGUCAGAAUCGCACAACUAUAUGAUGGAGCUGCACAGCAGACAGCCUCGGAUUCACUGCCAUCACCCCCCCCCCCCCCCUGAAUUACCCCCCAAACCCUCCUGAAUUACCCCCCCAACCCUCCUGAAUUACCCCCCCAACCCUCCUGAAUUACCCCCCCAACCCUCCUGAAUUACCCCCCCAAACCCUCCUAAAUUACCCCCUUCUCCUCCUGGGACAGCUCUCAUGUUGUCUAGUACUCCACAGUGUUGAAGGUGAAGUUCUGCGCUGGUGAACCAGCGCAGUUACCCAUGAUGCUAAAAACAAAGUUUAAAAAUGAAAAGCUAAAGGAAUUGUACCUCUCCCUCUGCAGGUCUGGAAAAACUAAAAUAAAUAAACGAAAACUUGAGACCAGA